AUGUGGCACACCUCCCUCCCUACAGUGCUCUCUCCUGCUCUCUCCCUACAGGUGGCCUCCUCCUUAGUGCUCUCUCCUGCUCCCUCCCUACAGGUGGCCUCCUCCUUAGUGCUCUCUCCUGCUCCCUCCCUACAGGUGGCCUCCUCCUUAGUGCUCUCUCCUGCUCCCUCCCUACAAGUGGCCUCCUCCUUAGUGCUCUCUCCUGCUCCCUCCCUACAGGUGGCCUCCUCCUUAGUGCUCUCUCCUGCUCCCUCCCUACAGGUGGCCUCCUCCUUAGUGCUCUCUCCUGCUCCCUCCCUACAGGUGGCCUCCUCCUUAGUGCUCUCUCCUGCUCCCUCCCUACAAGUGGCCUCCUCCUUAGUGCUCUCUCCUGCUCCCUCCCUACAGGUAGCCUCCUCCUUAGUGCUCUCUCCUGCUCCCUCACUACAGGUGGCCUCCUCCUUAGUACUCUUUCCUUCUGCUCCCUCACUACAGGUGGCCUCCUCCUUAGUGCUCUCUCCUGCUCCCUCCCUACAGGUGGCCUCCUCCUUAGUGCUCUCUCCUGCGCCCUCACUACAGGUGGCCUCCUCCUUAGUGCUCUCUCCUGCUCCCUCACUACAGGUGGCCUCCUCCUUAGUGCUCUCUCCUGCUCCCUCACUACAGGUGGCCUCCUCCUUAGUGCUCUCUCCUGCUCCCUCACUACAGGUGGCCUCCUCCUUAGUGCUCUCUCCUGCUCUCUCCCUACAGUGCUCUCUCCUGCUCCCUCCCUACAGGUGGCCUCCUCAGUGCUCUCUCCUGCUCCCUCCCUACAGGUGGCCUCCUCCUUAG